AUGGCUGUUGAGUAUGAUGUCUUUGAGUAUGACAACCUGAUUAACCAUGAAGGUGUUCUACGUAGCUGUCAACCCAUAAGGUUCUAUGCAGCAAAACAGCACCAGAAAUUGGCUCCUGUUGAGAGCAAAAUCAUAGAAAAACUAGAGAAAUACUUCAAGCCUCAACACUUACAAGUUGUAAACGAAAGUUAUAUGCACAAUGUACCUAAAGGAUCUGAAACUCAUUUCAAAGUUGUACUUGUGUCACAUGACUUCAAUGGUAUUGGUCUGGUUCAGAGACAUCGGAAAAUUAACCAGUGUUUGUCAGAAGAACUGGAAGGUGGAGUCCAUGCCCUCUCUAUAACUGCUCAUACUUCUGAAGAAUGGAUUAAAAAUAAUGGUACUUUUAACAAAUCUCCACCUUGCAUGGGCGGUGAUGCAAGCAGUCAUUAGACUACAGCCAUGCUGGAGCACUGCCUUGAGGAAUUUUAGUCAAACAAAUCAACCCCAGUACAUAUUCUUUAUUUAAGUCUGGUACUUAAACAACACAUUAAACAAACUAUCAAUUUUUUUAGUUGGUCAGAUAUUUAACCAAUUGACUAAAAAUAAAGAAGUGAUGUUGAACCAGUGCAUGUAUUUAUUAUUAUUAUUGGUUUAAUGACCCUCCCAAUACAACAACAUUUAUUUCAACAUAUGAAUUCACAUCAAGAAUCUUGCCAACCAAGUACAAAAGGGAAGAAAGACCAAACAACCAUUUCUUGUUCUUGUUGUAUCGAUGAGAUCAUCUUGGGAUGAUAUAGUACCGGUAAUAUAUAACUGAGGAAAUCUUGUCCACAGGAGUGAGAUUUUUAAAUAAAAUUUUGAAAUAUA